UGGCCUGAGGCUAUUCUUCAACGAUGAUUAAGUCCAUUAAGUGUCGAUUUGGGCGAAUUUAUUCCGGGCCCAUUUUUGGCAGAUUCCAAAGGGGUACCAUCACAGAUUUCGGGCAAUUUUUCCGAAAUGUCAUUUUCUUUCGAUUCUGGAGGCUGCAGAUCACGGAAUCAGGCCGAGCCUAUAUCCACCGAUAAUGAAGUCUAUUGAUACUAUUCUCCACGGAUGAUAAGUCCAUUAAGCACCGAUUUGGGC